AAGCAACAUAUGAACAACUGUCUUAAUGUGUUUUACAGAAAUCCUGCACGUGGCUGAAAUAAACCAAAGAUGGAUGGAGAAAAGAGGCGAGGGAGAUGGGGAUUUGUGGUGAAGGAUGAGAGAGGAGGAGGGAGGGACCGUGGAGACACUUCCACAUCACCGUCACUCAGUUCAGUGCAAGAAGGGAGGUCCACUUUGUGUCAUAAACCAACAAAACCAACACGGUGAGGUCAAAAAUGCAGUGAGGCAGACGAGCACAAAGAAGUCCGAACCUGGUCUGAUGAGCACCUCAUCCAGCUGUUCCACCAGCAGAACCACGGCUCAGAAGUGAGGCAGCAGAAAACAUCACUGAGACUUUGGAGACGUUUCCUCUCAGGCAGUGGGAGAGCAGCCAUGGGCUCGUUCGUGUGGGGCUGCGUCACUGACUUCUUCACCUACGAGACCACCAAGUCUGUGGUGGUGAAGAGUUGGUCUGUAGGCAUCAUCAACCGCAUCGUGCAGGUGCUCAUCAUUGCCUACUUUGCCGGUUGGGUUUUCAUCCAUGAGAAGGCGUAUCAGGUGAUCGACACCGGCAUCGAGUCGUCCGUCAUGACCAAAGUCAAAGGAUUCGGUGUGCAUCAAAACCGUGUGAUGGAUGUGGCCGACUACGUCUUCCCCCCACAGGGUUCAGGCGUGUUCUGCAUCAUGACCAAACUCAUUAUCACGGAAAAUCAGUUCCAAAGAACUUGUGCAGAGACUGAGAAAAGGUUUACAUGUGAGACAGAUGAAGACUGCCAGGAGCAUUUAGAAACCAACCUUUCCAAUGGACAAAUAACAGGCGUUUGCCUCAAGUCCGGCAAUAACACCAAGGGCAUGUGUGAAAUAGAAGGAUGGUGUCCAGCAGAGAACAUAAAUGUUGAUAUCACUCCCAUGUAUGACGUGGAAAACUUCACUAUUUUCAUCAAAAACAGCAUUCGCUUUCCGCUCUUUAAUGUCACGAGAGGAAACUUUCCUUCAACCAUGACGUCGUCGGAGAUCAAGAAAUGCAUCUACCACCCGGAGACCAACCCUUUCUGUCCCAUCUUUCGGGUGGGGGAAAUUCUAAACUCCACGGGGCAGAGUGUGAAGAGCCUGGCAGACAAGGGUGGAGAGAUAGGAAUAAACAUAGCGUGGAUCUGUAACCUGGACCUGAACGUCGAGAACUGUGUGCCCAACUAUUCUUUUACGCGCCUGGACUUACCAUUUGCCAAGAAUGCUGUCUCCAAGGGAUACAACUUCAGAUUUGCAAAAUAUUACAAGACAGAGAAUGGGACAGAGUAUCGGACACUUCACAAGGUGUUCGCAAUACGCUUUGAUGUUAUGAUCACGGGAAAAGCUGGGAAAUUCAACACCAUCCCAACACUGAUCAACCUGGUCGCUGCUUUCACCUCUAUUGGACUGGGGACAGUCCUCUGUGACAUCAUCGUGCUGAACUUCCUGAAGGGCGCGGAGCAGUACAAAGCCAAGAAAUUUGAAGAGGUGUCUGAAGCUCAGAUAGAAGCCUCCCUCGCUCAGAGCCCAGCCAGUCAGCUGUCACUCAAACCAGGCAUCAAAAGUCCAUAUGAUUCUGGGGCCAUUUCUCUCUCCACCUCCGACCUACCUCUGUGACUCAAAACUACAACAUUGGCAUCAAAAAAAAAAA